UUUCUCAGUUUUUCUCAAGGUUUGAAAGACCUGGUUAGGGCAGAAUUUCUCUGGAGAGAAAUUCACGAGCAUAUAGAUGAUCGUGCAACAAAUAAUAAAACCAUCAUCACUUCUGCGCUAAAUUUUUCUUCUCUUGAAGAUACAAUUGAGCCUAAAAAACAGUCUGUUGAGCAUGAAGACAACAUAACGCCUAUUCCAAUUCUUUAUAAGAAGAAUUUUACAAAAUUACCUGUGUGGGAUUUUGAAGAUGUUUAUUUGCAAGACCAUGAUGCAAGGAAAACAAUCUGUUCAGACUCAAAGUCAAUUCACAACACCAAGGAUCCCAAUUUCAAGAAAGGGUUUCUUCCCAACAUUCAACUUUGGCUGUACAGAGGUCAACUCAACAUAACAGAAUGGAAUAGAUUAGCACACUUCAACAAUCCAUUCGGCUUUAUGGAGUACAAAUACGAUGAGAUAAAACCAGCAGUAAAUUUGAUACCAAAGCCCAAAUUAAAAUUACUGCCUGUGCCUGAGAGUGCGAAGGAUGGUUGUAUCCGCUGUGCUGUUGUGGGAUCGAGUGGCAUUCUCAACAACUCAAAGUUGGGCAAAGAGAUCGACUCUCAUGAUUAUGUGUUUCGGGUUAAUGGGGCACUUACCCAUGGUUAUGAGGAAGAUGUUGGAAAUAAAACAUCUGUCUAUGUGCACACAGCUUUUUCCUUACAUUCCAGCUUAAAUGCGUUCAAAAAGACUGGCUUUCAGAGAAUUUUACAAAAUGAGAACACCAAGUAUGUUAUGAUACCCGAAGGCCUGAGGGACUUCCAGUGGCUCCAAGGUCUACUACAGGGAAAAGAGGCUACAGGGCACUAUAAGGGUGUCAGGCCACUGGAUUACUUCAAUGGAACUUUUAAUGAGAGCAGAUUCUAUGUUCUUCACCCUGAUUUUCUUCGAUAUGUUCGCUACAGAUUUAUGUUAUCAGAGCAAACCCAUACCAAGCACUGGGCAAUAUACAGACCAACCAAUGGAGCAUUUGCUUUGUUCUUGGCUCUGCACACAUGUGAUAUUGUAGAUGUUUAUGGAUACAUUACAGAAGACCACCAAAAAUACUCCAACUAUUACUACGAAAAGUUAAAGUCUCGUGUAAUUUUCUAUAUUAAUCAUGAUUAUCCACUGGAGAUCAAGACCUGGAAGAAUCUGCAUGACUCUGGAAUUAUUCAACUCUACCAAGGAAAGGGAGACUUGAACAAUACAAAGACAUAGGGUUAUCUCUGACAUCGACUGACAUUUUUGGGGAUUCUUGACACUGUAGCCAUGCCCCUGAAAGCUGUGUUACUAAUGAGUGCAAAAACUGUGCACUAAAAACAAAUCCGUACAAAACUAAAACAAAAGGAAAAAUCUGUGAUGGGUAUGGUAUCUGUUGUGUUUUAAAUGAUCUUUUCGGUGAUGUUUAUUUAUACUAUAUAAACAGGUUGAAUUUGUUGGUGAAGAAUGUGUUAAAUCAUAAAACAAUUUCAAGUUUAUUUUUAACUUCAUUAGACUUUAAAGCUGUGGUUAUCCACCCCUUGAAGCUGAGGAUCCCUAAACUCAACUUUGAUGAAAGGUAAGAUCUGGCUACCGAAAAGUUGAAAGAAAAAGCCCAGACUGUACUUCCAACUUGAGGCAUUUAAUUUAAGCUAAUUGUAUUCGAAAUACAUGCACAGCCUAAAAUAUGCCGGGUUAUUUUCAUGGGUCAUGGGUAUAGGAGCAAAAAGGAGCAAAAGUUGCUACAUUUGCCAUUAACAUUUAUACAUUAGAUUUACAUAUUUGUGAUUAAAUGAUGUUUUAUUAACAAAGUUCGGGAGGAGCACGUUCAAAUAAUCAACAUAAUUACCUUGUAACUAUGACCAGCUGUCGACAAUCAGCAAUCAGGUCUUCACCUGAUCGGCAUCAACAGAAACCUAUAUAGACUGAAAAUCAACUCACCCUCAUUCCUUGAUAGUUUCAGCAUCCCUCCACCUCCCCUUCUCCGCACGAUUUGCCUAGUCACCUUACUAACCAGAACAGGGGGGAUUAUUCUGGGUUCGGGCCUAAGGCCGAGCCCGGAACCCUCUCCCCGCCAGGAGGCGCUCCGGGCUCAGGCCAUUAACGAGCUCGGAGCCCUCUCCUCGGACAGCACGCCAAAUACGCAUGUUAAUAACCCUGUUCAGAAUUAUUUGUAAGUGUGAACUCGUGAAAGCGCAAAUAAGAGAUAAAGAUAAACAUUUUUGAAUCACUUUCUUAUGAAGUCAUUCACACCUUGAUGAUGACCAAAAUGCUGGGUUAUUUUCAGCCCACCAAGUUUUUGUUUUACAGUAACUUAACAAAUGAAGUAACUUCAACUUGUUUUUAAGUUAUGAUCAGCUGUACACUGUAAAUUAUCCAACUUCAAAAUGUUCUUACAACAAAGAUAAUAAAAUAACUUGAACAAAGAUUUUUUUGUUAAGGGAGGUCAAGUUAUUAUUUUGUGCAUACUGAAUAAAAUAAGCCUUAUCAUACUGCUAACAAAUAUUAUUUUGUUGACUGGACUUUUAUUUAAGUGUUUGUCCAGAGCGAUUGCCAAACUGAGUAAUCUUAACAAAUUAUUACAAAAAAUUAACAAUGGUCUAAAGGUUCCCAGCAUUCAUUGCGGCAUAUUCACUUCUGUGGUCAAUAUUUAUUUUAAAAGAUUACUGUUUUAGUGUCUGCUGGCUUUAUUUAGGCUGUUAUAAUGUCAUAUAUGUUGUAUUUAGAGUUCUUUUUUUAACAAAUUAUGUUUUUGCAUCAUUACCAUGAUUGAGACUUGUGUUAGUAGAUGGUUGAUUGAGAUUGUGUUGUUCCUAGUUAAAAUGCUUUCAAAGCAUUUAAGCAGUUAUUUGUGUAAAUAUAAUAAAGUUAAAAAGAAAACUAAAAUUGAAAUACACACUUAAUCUUCUUGACUGGACUCAAGUCACUAGUUGAGUAAGCGCAAAAAUGUGUUUGUUGCUUAAAAAUUUUAUGUUGGUUCAACUUUUUGGUUCUAAUUGAAAGGCAUGUGACAUUACUCAGUAAAUUGAGUCUGAACUAAGUGGCCCAAAAGUUGAGUUA